GGAGCUCAGGGCCGAGGAUUAAACAGAGAAGCAGUCCCGGCACGAUGACAGCAUCCAGCUCGUAGAUAGCAGCCCCCACCUCCACCACCCCAUCAUCAUCAUCCUCAUGAGGGGCACGCGGCGGAUUUUUUCCGGGGAGAUAGUCGCUGUUUGCCGUCACAUUCUCCGUAUCGCCCUGAGUCGUUCCUCCUCUUGAAAACCACGAGGUGGCUACGCCAGACAGGGACCAGCACCGAUGGUCUCUAGGGUCUCUCGCCACCUCCUUUCAACCUAUCCUGGAAGGGUUGCAGAGCUGAUGUCACAGAGGGUGAAUGGCCGCUUGCGUUGUGGAGUCCUAAAGAGGCACGCUUCAUCACGAUAAAUGGAGGAGAAGGAGCGGUGUCGGAGCAGGUCUCCAGCUCGGAGGGCGAGCAGAGUUCAGCAGGUGGUGGGAACCAUAAUACGUCGCACCCGAGAAUCACUGAGCAGAGAGCGGUUGCUAGGCGAUGGGAGGCCUCAACGUUCCAACAGCUUGUCCAAUCAGAAUUAUCAAGCUAAGCUGUCACUGCAGAUCACCAGGGAUCCUGUGCUGGACCGAAGUACCGGACAUGGAUUCACCCUCACCACAAACACACCCCUGCUGGUCAGGGAUGUGGCCACAGAAAGUCCUGCGGAUGGGAUACUCUACCCAGGAGACCAAGUGCUGCAGAUCAAUGAUACGGUGUUGGAGGAUUUGAAUGCAGAUCAGGUGGAAAACAUUUUAAGGGACUUGGAGGACUGUAUAACCGUAACGAUUCUCCGGCACAUGACUAACCCCAAAUCAUCCAUCAUGUCAGCAGAGAAGAGAGCCCGUCUGAGGAGUAAUCCAGUUAAAGUGCGCUUUGCAGAGGAGGUGGUGGUGAAUGGCCACACUCAGGGGAACUCUCUUCUCUUCCUGCCCAACGUUCUAAAAGUGUAUCUCGAGAACGGACAGACCAAGGCCUUCAAAUUUGACCACACUACCACUGUCAAGGAUAUUGUUCUGACUCUGAAGGAUAAACUAUCCAUCCGGGCCAUCGAAUACUUUGCCCUGGUGCUGGAGCAACAGUACAGCAUCACUAAACUUCUGCUGCUCCACGAAGACGAGCUUAUACAGAAGGUGGUGCAGAAAAAAGAUUCCCAUGAUUACAGAUGUCUAUUCCGGGUGUGCUUCAUUCCCAGAGAUCCAACGGACCUGCAGCAGGAGGACGCCUUUGCCUUUGAGUACCUAUUUUUACAGAGUGUUGGUGAUGUUCUACAGGAGCGCUUUGCUGUCGAGAUGAAGUGUAAUACUGCACUUCGCCUCGCUGCCCUGCACAUGCACGAGAGACUGGAUAGUUGUGGGCUGACAAGGACAUCUAUCAAAGCAAUUACGAAGGAGUUUGGCCUUGAUAGCUUCAUUUCCCCCACACUGCUCAGCAACAUGAGGGAGAAGGACCUGAGGAAAGCCAUCACCUACCACCUCAAAAAGAUCCAGUCUCUGUUAGAGCCACGCCAAAAGGUGAUAUCUGCUUCCCAGGCUCGGCUAGCCUACCUCACUCAGCUGGGAGAGCUUGUUUCUUAUGGGGGAAGAUCCUACUCAGCUACGAUGAUGCUUCAAGAAAGGGAGGUGUCGGUCAGCCUCUUGGUGGGGGCCAAGUAUGGCAUGAGUCAGAUCAUCAACCACAAGCUAAACGUAAUCUCCACAUUGGUUGAAUUCAGCAGCAUCAGCCGCGUGGAGUUGCUUUCCGAGUCGGACAAAGUCAGUCUGCUGCGCAUCUCGCUGCACGACAUGAAGCCUUUUGCCUUACUGAUGGACUCUCUGGCAGCCAAAGAUCUAGCAUGUUUGCUGGGGGGGUACUGCAAACUCCUGGUGGAUCCGAGUCUCAAUAUCUUCCGACUGGGGCGCCCCAAAGUGAGGGUGCACCGCAUUGCUGCUGAAGAAGGUGUGUGUGGGAAGUUCACCGUGGUAGAGGGCGAGUGCUAUGAAUCCUUAUCAAGUUAUGUGUCUCGCUGCUGUAGUGACUCAGAGGAAUCAACAGAUGAGGAUGACCCAAUGGACUCUCAGAAUUACAAACACCAUGACCCGGCAAGUCAGGACUGGGAGGAAAGACGGAGGGAGGAGGAAGAAAAGAGGAAAGAGGAGGAGCGACGAGAGAGGGAGGAGCACAAAUGCAAACAGGAAGUGAAGAUAAUAGUGACAACAGAAGGUCAAGAAUAUGGGGAUGAAGAGGACCAAGGUGCUUCAGGAAGCAGACUGCGGAAAGUGAUGAAUGAGGAACUGAAUCCAGAGACCACCUGGUACCACACAGAUUUACGGGUGACCAAUAGCUUUUCCAGCUUGUCUAGCAGCUCUUUGAGUGCUGCCCUAGAGGAGAGCAGCACUGCAAUCAAAGUUUUCCCUUGUCUAGAUGGAUCAUACCCAAAGGAGAAUACCCAAAUCUUGGAUGUUCAUCAACCCUUCCUUCUGGAGCCAAAACGCGUCCAAGGCCCCUCAAGACCGACUAAUCUCAAUUACCGAGUCAACGACAACGCUUGUCUUUGUUUUGUUGAACUCUCAAAAGCUGAUUUCCUCUCAAGCCCGUCAGGAGCUACUAGUGAUGAUGAGGAGGACGAGGAGGAGGAAGAGGAAGAACAUGGAAGGGAGGUUUUAAGACGCAUUUCUAAGAUCCCAAGUUCAAGAGAUUUAAGAAUGAUUGACAGCAUACCUUUCGAAAGAGCGGCCAUUAAAAAAAAGAAAACUCCUCCCAAAGUCCCAAUACGAACCAGCUCCAUUCCAGGCCAUAAAGCAGGACCAGCUGAGCAGCACCUAUCAAAGGAUGAAGAGUCUCUUUUCCAAACUCCUUCCCCAAACCCCAAACCAGGUCUGUUGGUCAAAGAGAAUGUGUCAGAGUCUGAAGAGGAGUUUUUUGAUGCACAGGAGAGAUUCACUCCACCAGUUCCAGAUCUCUCAGACGAAGAGCUGGCGGAUCAGCGGAAUGCCAAUCGUUUGAGUGGAACAUGGAAUUCACUUCCAGGAAAAGUACCAACUUCGCCCCUGUCCAAAAAAGUUCAAACUUCGAAAAACAAGAAAGAAGUAGAGGAGCUUAAAUGUCCCACAAAUACAGUUAAUAGCCGAGUUGGUAUAGUAUCUUAUGCAGAGAAAACUGAUGUUAAGAUGAAACCACCAUUGGCCCCUAAACCCCAGCUGCCUCCAAAACCUCAGACUGUUCCUCCCAAGUCCCCAAACCAUGGGAAAUCCUAUGCCCACUGCAACGGGGAUGCCCGUGGACGUCUGUCUUCUGAUCUCUUGGAAAUGGAGCCGGACACUAUGGAAUUCAAGUCGGUCACGUAUGGUACAGGAGGGUUGCCCUUGUCGAAGCCACUCAUCACAGCCGUGCGACGCAGCAAACAACCAUUACCAAUCACAGCGCUACAAACAAGGGAGGAACAAGCAAAUAGGACAAAAGAAAAUGGACAUGUCGUUUCCAAAGACAAAACAUACAUUCCCGGAAAAAAUGACUCUUUUGAAGGGACAAAAAGUAAUGGGACUACAAACAAACCACCAAAUGUACCUGUUAUCCCUAAGUUAUCUGCUCCUCCUCCUGUACCACCGAAACCUACUUCUCCAAAAAUUCUCCAUUCUCUAUCAUUGGUAUCUAGCUCUUCGAUCUCUCCGACAGACCCAAACAAAAGCAUCCUUAAAGAUGUCAAAAAUCCACCAAACGGGAUGCACCCUUGGAGCAGCCGCAAUGGCAGUGUGCAGUCCGGACCUAGGAGGGUCUCUGUUAGCCACGAGAGCCUUUCACCCAAAAAUGCAGAUGCAUCAAUUGCCACCUCCCUCACUUUAAGCAGCUCCAAAGAUGUUAUUAGCGACAAAAGUGGAGAACAGCGAAGAUCUGGGUCUGGCUCAGAUCUUAGGAGUAGCUCUUCCAGCAUUGGAGGAAGACUAUCUGCCUCUGUUCUUAGGGGAAAGAUCCAAGCGCUUCCCUGGUACAUGACCCGCUCACAAGAGAUUUUGGGGACCCUGGACUACCCCUCCACGAGCUCAAUCAAUGGCGAUACAUCUGGAUUUGGUUCAGGUUUGUCUGUGGCAAGUGGGCUGUCUGAUACAAACAAGACCCCUGUGAAAGAAACCGUAGCCUCAAAAUCAGGGAGGAGAGACAAUGUUUGUGAGGAUGGAGCUGAGGUUGUCAUAGCUACCAUUAAGGAAGCAGAGGAAGUGAGCUCAUACUUGAGGAAGGUCAAUGGGAUAAAUGGGUCACAUCCAAAUCUUAAUUUUGCAAGCAACAGUGCACACAACGUUUCGUCAGAGCAGCCUCAAUCACGGACCCACUCAGCAGUGGGAAUGGGAGGCAUAUCCAACAUGCAGAUUGGGGGAGACUCGCCAACGUCUUCCCUCGGAGAGAGCACCCCUCCUCAGCAGCGCGAGCCUUGUGGCUGCCGUACCGUGUACGCCAACUGUUUCAGCGGCGAUAACGAGGAUGGCAUCAGCUUCGACGAGGAGCUGACUGUCUAUGAGUUCUCCCGCCGCACCCGCCCCAAGACAACACGACCUCCAGCUGUCCCUUCGCCCACCACACCCGCGCCAAAUCCCAAUAUCCUGUCACUGCUGAAGGACAACCCUCGUCCACUCUCCACUUUCUCCACUGCCUCCUCUGAACUCAGCCCCUUAGUUUCAUGUCCUGUGUCUCCGACAACCUCACUCCGAGGUCCCCUUCAUUCGCUCGGCAACAAGAACUACGGUGGACUGAAAGGAGGUUUUGCCUCCCUGCGCCAAGAUAUAGAUCAGCUUUUGCAGGUCUUGGAGAGGACGCUACCCGAACAGAUGCAAACAAAUAUCCUUUCAAAGCAGGAUGGCACCGGGCCCGAUCCCAAUCACAAUAGGAGUGAAGGCAGCACUUCGCAAACAGCAUGUUGUACGGGAUGCAGUCCUGCCAGUAUGACAGAGGCUGAGAGGAGUUUUCUCCAAACAGAGGCUCGACGGGUGGCAUCCGGGUGUCAGCGGGCCACACGUGUGGGCUGGGCUCCCGAUGAAGCCCUGCGGUCUUUAUCAAACAGCUUUGGUGCGUUGGUUCAGCUAUCGGCAGCAUGCAUGCGAACCAGUCCACGCGCCGGCUGCGACAGCUGCCAUAACGCCGGCGUGGACGACGACAGCCAGGAGCCUAUGGACAAGUUGAAAGAGAUUGUGGCUCUUUAUCGAGAAUUUGUUGGGGCUGUUGAGACAGCUGGAACUGGUGCUGGGGGCAAGAGUUUGGGCCUCACUGGGUCAGGACAGAGCCAAGGAGAAGGUGAUGGCGUCAGGCUGCUUGCCAAGCGCUGCACUGUCCUCAUCUCAUCUGUGUUUGCGCUCACGCAGCUCUUCCGGACACCCGCAUUAGACUCCUCCGAUACUCCUAGUGGUGUACCCCUCAACUUCUAACCUUUUAACCUGCCGGACUGUUUAGACACUGAAUUUAGAGCUGCGAGAGCUAUAGACAUUUUGUUCUUGUACAGUAAGUGCCAUGCACAUGCACACCGCACAUAUCUACAUGAAAAUACAUAAAGCCCACAAAACCCUGAAUGAGGAGAGGAGACUUUGCUUGGCCUCUUUGUGGGUGCAUAUGGACUAUGCAUUUGUACAUAUGACUUUUGUAACUCUUAUAUUUCUCUUAUUUUAUUACAACUUGUGUAUGGAUGCAAGGAUGAAUUGCCCCUUUAUGUAUUUAUGUAUUUAUUUUUUACAGUAUUUGCACCGUGGUCUGUGAUGUUCAGGUCUCUGGUGGUUAACAAAUCUGAAAUGAUGGCUGUCACUGGAUUUUUUUUUCAUUUUACCGUAUAUUUAAAACAGUAUUAUAUUAACUUUGAUUAUUUUCCUCAAUAAGGUGUAAUCUGUAAUUUUUGUAUUAUAGCAAUCCAUUUUACUAUGAACAAUCACAAAUGCACAAAAAAAUGAACCAAUUUGUUUUCUACGUGCAGAGUUGCACCUUUAUAUAGAUUUUGUUUUUCAAACAUAACAGUAACAUAAAACUUUGAUUAGAUAGUACCAAAUCAGGGAGACUACUUUUGACUGUUACAGAUUGCACCUUUUUUUUUUUUUUUAAGAAAAAAAAAUAACACUCAUAACCAUUUCUUGUCUUUACGGAGCAUCUUUGAAACACUCCUGUCAUUCAAACGUUAUGCAGUAUUAUGAAGUAGUUUUCAUCCAAAGGACAACAUAUACAUAUAUUUUCAAAAAAAUGUGAGAGUAAGGACCACGGCAUAAAACAAGGGAACGUAUUUAUGUUGAAAUAUUUUUGCAAGUCAGAAAAAGUGACUGACACUGUUUUCAUGUAGCAAUGAUGAAACGUCUUAAAACAUCCACACCCGUCUCCCGAAUGCAUUCCUAAACACUUGUAGUGAGAAAUGCUGUACACCAAGGUAAAAAAAAAAUCUACCUUUUUAUGUCUUCUUAUGUCACUAUAGUUUAUGGCUAUGCAAACUCCUCAUAUCUCUUUACUCUUUUUGUCUUGUUGUGCCAACAUUAAAAACAAUAACUGCAUUAUGGUUGUCUGAAAAUAAUGGGUGAUUUCUUUGUUUGAACUUUUGGACUAUGUCUCAAUUCUUUUCUUUUUCACCAGGCAGCACAUUGAUUGAGAACUCUUCCGCAGUUGCCUCCAAGAACAGAGAGCUUUUAAUUUUGCCCCAAUGAAAACCACUUGAGCUGAGAAGCUUUGGAACCACAACAGCUCAGCCCUGCAGCCUGAUCCAGUCCCCCUUCUGACCAAGUCAUAUUGCCCUUAAUCUGAUCUUUAUCUGUCUGACUUUUUGACUCUGUCCUCCAGACUAAGUCGAGUGAGGCACAUGUGGAAAAACACUCAUUACAGUGACGGGACUCAUUUUCGUAAUGACAGGAGAAAGCGUCCAAUGUUUAAUCAGUUAUUGCUGACACUGAAUGCCGCUAAGGUAGAACGCACGAGGAGGGAGCACAUUUGAGCACAGAAAGGUCAGGUAAAUAAGGGGUACAGCCAUUCCCACAGUUAGGGUUUUGGUUCAAAAUGGGUCAGAUUGAAAUUCCCCACCGUAGGCUUUUCAAUUCAUGAUAUAUUCUGCAGCUCUUACCGGAUUUAGAGUAUAUGACAAAGUUAUGGUGAAAUGGCUUUGGGUCCUGCAGAGAAGCCGGAAAGUUUCGGGAAUUUAAAAAAAUGACUCCAGAAGGGACCAUGCUGACUUUUCGGUUGACAUUUAUGGGAGCGAUGCAACAAAAUGUAUUCCACAGAAAUGUCACAGCAAAAUUUGAAUUGGUUUUCAACAUUUGUUUGUGAGGAACACUGUGUUGUUUGUGCUUUAGGGAAAAGUGUUCAUGGUCAUAGAAGCCAAACCUUGUAAAAGGCAACACUUUGUAGAUUGUUGAGAAUGAAAAGCAGUUCAGAAAUAGGCCAAGUGGUCUAUUUACAUGGGAGCUUGAGCUUUUUGUGCCACUGAACAUUUCCUCUGCUGCCAUAAUGGUACUGUGUGCCCGAACAGUGCCGCCUGUACGCCUCUCCAGGCGGUCAAGGGCGGCUGGGUGCUGACUGGCUGUGGCUACUCGAGUGUGAAAUGUGGGCCCAUUAUGUCAACAGAUGUUAAAGUGGAGGAGAGCAAGUGUGACAUAAGGAAGGACGCAUUGGAGAGCGAGUGCAGAACUCCAAAUAAAUGCCACUGCCAAUUAUUAACAAAAUAAACAAGCUUUUGAGCUCAUUAUACGACUUUCCGAAGAAUAAAUACAAAUACAACACCAGUAAAGGAUCGUGCUUAUCAUGACAGUGGGCUUGCGUAUGGCAGCUAUGGCAUUCAUAAAAUGCCAAUUAAACACACAAAAAUGGCCAUUUCGUGGGUGAGUUGGCAAUUAAAAGUUUUUUUUUUUUUUUUUUUAAAGAGUCGUUAUGACUUCACAGUUGUACAUGAUAAUCUUUGAAAAACAAUCGGCCGUCUCUGGGCCGAUCAUGUGCCUCUUAAUUUGUUAUACAAGAAACCACAGCACCAAUCAAACAGCAGAUUUUUCUCCACAGAUCAUAUUUAUCAUGUACGCCUUUAAAGUCAACGACUGUUUUCACAAAGGUGGAAAAAGGCUUUUUUUUGUUGUAUUUUUAGACCGCAAACUCCCCUUUAACAUACUUGAUAUAUGAGGUUUAUCCCAUUACAUUUGAAUGCAGCUGAAAUUAACCAGCAAAAGAAAUCAGGAGACAAUUCUUUGGGAGUAUUCAACAAAAUAGUGGCCUAUUCUCAAAAAAAACAGAGAAUGUUCCACAACACACACAAUACUCAAGCCAACCCAAUAAUUUUUGCCUGAUACUGUAAACAAAAAUGGUGCUGAGCUGGAAGUGUUGCACCCCAUUGGACCCUUGCGUACAGUUGAAAUAAUGCAACGGACUAAUUCGUGUUGGUGUGUGUGUGUGGGGGGGGGGGGG